AUGUCUAGUGAAGAAAGUGGUGAUGUGGAAAAGGGGAAGACAAAUAUUGAUCUAGACAAUAUUCUAGUAGAGGAGGUUGGACAAAUCGGGAAGUAUCAAAUUGUAACAGUACUCUUGGCUGCACUUCCAGUUAUAUUUUCUGCUUUUGCCUCCGGUGAAUACAUUUUUACAACUGCUAGGAUACCUUCCAGGUGCCGCAUACCACAAUGUGAUACGGAAGAUCCCAUUUACGCUCCUGAUUGGAUUCUUAACGCAGUGCCAGGGACAAGUUUGACCGAUUUUGAAAAUUGUGAAAGAUAUGUCAAUUCUUCUCAACUGCUACCUUCUACGAAUGUCUGUCCAGCUGAACUAUUUGAUCGAACACAAACUGAACCAUGUGAGGAUUAUGUAUAUCAGAAUACACUGAGUGUUGUGUAUGAUUUUAAUAUGGCUUGCGACGAAUGGAAACGAUCUCAAAUUGGUUCAAUUCGUACCAUUGGAACUUUGUUGGUACUCCCUAUUACCGGGUACAUCUCAGAUCGUUGGGGUCGUCGGGUUGCUCUUACCAUAAAUGCGUUUAACACUGGCUGGCUUGGUCUAGUUAGGUCGUUCGUCAAUUCGUACGAAUGGUUUUUAACCCUAGAAGUUAUUGAAUCGACAAUCGGGGCUGGAGCAUAUUCAUCGUGUUAUAUUUUAGUGACCGAGUUAGUUGGACCCAAAUAUCGAGUACCAGUGGGAGCAACUAUAUCUACAAUGUUUGCUUUAGGGCAAGUAAUUCUUGGUCUUAUAGCUUGGGGUGUACCGUCAUGGCGGCCUCUUACUCAAGUAUUAUACGCUCCACAACUUCUGGUAGUAUUAUAUUUCUGGAUACUUUCGGAGUCGGUUCGUUGGUUAAUGAGUAAGGGACGAUAUGAGGAAGCCGAAGCGAUUCUGCAAAAAGUGGCAAAAUGGAAUAAUAAGAAGCUUUCAGAGAAAUCACUGCAGGCAUUGAGAGAUACAGCUGAAGCUGAGAAAUUAAUUGUAAAACCUAAAGAACCAUGGCUACCUAUUCUAGUAUUCAGAUCCAAGAUCAUUCUCUCGAGGUGCUGUGUUGCACCUAUAUGGUGGAUAACCAAUACCCUGGUCUAUUAUGGAAUGUCCAUAAAUGCCGUGAAUUUAUCAGGAAAUCGGUAUUUAAAUUAUGUGUAUGUAGCAGCUGUAGAAAUUCCUGGUUAUUGGACAGCGAUUCUUUUGCUAGAUAGAAUUGGAAGGAAACCUGUUCUGAUUGCUGGUUACUGGAUAUGUGCUGCCUGUCAACUAGCAUUCGCAUUUAUUCCUUCUGGCUACCCGACACUGUCACUUAUUUUUUAUUUGCUCGGCAAGUAUUGUAUUGCUAUCGUGAUGACAUCGGUAUAUGUAUAUACUGCUGAAUUAUAUCCAACCAAGUAUCGACACAGUCUCUUCGCUUUCUCUUCAAUGCUUGGUCGCCUUGGAUCUAUUACAGCACCUCUGACACCCGCACUGGCCCUUACAGUAUGGGAAAGUUUGCCCUCAGUGCUUUUUGCUUCUUUUGCGCUCUUAUCUGGUCUGCUUAUAUUCACAACGCCUGAAACUCUCGGUACUAAGUUACCAGAUACUAUAAAGGACGCCGAAGAACUCAGCAUGAAAAGAAAAUAG